GAAGAGAGAUUAACUAUGCGUGAAUGCAUCUCUAUUCAUGUGGGCCAAGCUGGGGCGCAGAUUGGCAAUGCAUGUUGGGAGCUGUACUGUCUGGAACAUGGGAUCCAGCCAGACGGCCAGAUGCCCAGUGACAAGAUAACUGGAGGAGGAGAUGACUCCUUCAACACCUUCUUCAGUGAGACAGGAGCAGGGAAACAUGUUCCCAGAGCCAUCUUUGUCGACCUGGAACCCACUGUCAUCGAUGAGGUGCGCACAGGAACCUACCGCCAGCUGUUCCACCCUGAGCAGCUGAUUACAGGAAAGGAAGAUGCAGCCAACAACUACGCCCGUGGACACUACACCAUCGGCAAAGAGAUCAUUGAUCUGGUUCUGGACAGGACACGCAAACUGGCUGAUCAGUGCACUGGCCUGCAGGGAUUCCUCAUCUUCCACUCCUUCGGUGGAGGCACUGGUUCAGGUUUCACCUCCCUGCUGAUGGAGAGACUCUCUGUUGAUUAUGGUAAAAAGUCUAAGCUUGAGUUUGCCAUAUACCCAGCCCCUCAGGUUUCCACAGCCGUGGUGGAGCCCUACAACUCCAUCCUGACCACUCACACCACCCUGGAGCACUCCGACUGUGCCUUCAUGGUGGACAACGAGGCCAUCUACGACAUCUGCCGCCGAAACCUCGAUAUCGAAAGGCCGACUUACACCAACCUGAACAGGCUCAUUGGCCAGAUUGUGUCUUCAAUCACGGCCUCACUUCGCUUUGACGGAGCCCUGAAUGUUGACCUGACGGAGUUCCAGACCAACUUGGUGCCUUACCCUCGUAUCCACUUCCCUCUGGCCACCUACGCUCCAGUCAUCUCUGCAGAGAAAGCCUACCACGAGCAGCUGUCGGUUGCUGACAUCACCAACACCUGCUUCGAGCCAGCCAAUCAGAUGGUGAAGUGUGACCCUCGUCAUGGUAAAUACAUGGCCUGCUGUCUGCUGUAUCGUGGUGAUGUGGUGCCCAAAGAUGUCAACUCCGCCAUUGCUGCAAUUAAAACCAAACGCUCCAUCCAGUUUGUGGACUGGUGCCCCACAGGCUUCAAGGUGGGCAUCAACUACCAGCCUCCAACAGUGGUUCCUGGAGGAGACCUGGCCAAGGUGCAGAGAGCCGUGUGCAUGCUGAGCAACACCACAGCCAUCGCUGAGGCCUGGGCCCGUCUCGACCACAAGUUUGACCUCAUGUACGCCAAGAGAGCCUUCGUCCACUGGUAUGUUGGGGAGGGCAUGGAGGAGGGAGAGUUCUCAGAGGCCAGAGAAGACAUGGCCGCCCUGGAGAAGGAUUAUGAAGAGGUUGGCACUGACAACAUCGAGGAGGAGGAUGAAGGAGAGGAAUACUGACUCUCCUAAAGUCUUCAUUUAAGCCAAAGGAAAUUUAUAUUGAAUCCUGGUUUUGAAUUGGCCAUUAAGUUUUUGUAGUGAAAAGAAACAUAGUUUAAUGUAUGAAUAAACCAACAAUUUGGUUAAUGAAAUAAGACAUACUUUUUAACAUUAAAGCAUGUAAAGUACGCAAGCCUGAACCUGAAAAUGGGCAUAAUAUGUCAUGUCAUAUAUAACAUCUG